UCUCACCGUCCGGUUCACCCCCUCGCGAGCUGGGGACCCUCUCGUGUCUGUAGCCCGCCCCUCCCCUUGUCCCGCCGCCCCCUCCCCUCCGGGGCCCCUGGGAGUGUCUCCGAGGCUCCCGGGGAGGGGACGGCUCCUAAUCUCAGGCCGGGGUUAAAGUUCUGGUCCUGGUGAGAUGCUGGAAGCUGCGGCCGGAGCCGCAGCCCGUCCCGGAGGUGUCCCGCCGCCUGUCGCCGCCGCCGCCGCCGCCGCCACCGCCGCCCUGCCGGGGCCAUGUUCGCUCUGGGCUUGCCCUUCUUGGUGCUCUUGGUGGCCUCGGCCGAGAGCCAUCUGGGGGUUCUGGGGCCCAAGAACGUCUCGCAGAAAGACGCCGAAUUUGAGCACACCUACGUGGACGAGGUCAACAGCGAGCUGGUCAACAUCUACACCUUCAACCACACCGUGACCCGCAACCGGACGGAGGGUGUGCGGGUAUCUGUGAAUGUCCUGAACAAGCAGAAGGGGGCUCCUUUGCUGUUUGUGGUCCGCCAGAAGGAGGCUGUGGUGUCCUUCCAGGUGCCCUUAAUCCUGCGAGGGCUGUAUCAGCGCAAGUACCUCUACCAAAAGGUGGAACGCACACUGUGUCAGCCCCCCACCAAGAAUGAGUCUGAGGUCCAGUUCUUCUACGUGGAUGUGUCCACCCUGUCGCCAGUCAACACCACCUACCAGCUCCGGGUCAGCCGAAUGGACGACUUUGUGCUCAGGACUGGGGAGCAGUUUAGCUUCAAUACCACAGCAGCUCAACCCCAGUACUUCAAGUAUGAGUUCCCCGAGGGAGUGGACUCGGUGAUUGUCAAGGUGACCUCCAAGAAGGCUUUCCCCUGCUCAGUCAUCUCCAUCCAGGAUGUCCUGUGCCCUGUCUAUGAUCUGGACAACAACGUCGCCUUCAUCGGCAUGUACCAGACUAUGACCAAGAAGGCAGCCAUCACUGUACAGCGAAAAGACUUCCCCAGUAACAGCUUCUACGUGGUGGUGGUAGUGAAGACUGAAGACCAGGCCUGUGGGGGUUCCUUGCCUUUCUACCCUUUUGUAGAAGAUGAACCGGUUGAUCAAGGACACCGCCAGAAAACCCUGUCAGUGCUGGUUUCGCAGGCAGUCACGUCUGAGGCCUACGUUGGUGGUAUGCUCUUUUGCCUGGGCAUAUUUCUCUCCUUCUACCUGCUGACCAUCCUCCUGGCCUGUUGGGAGAACUGGAGGCAGAAGAAGAAGAACCUACUGGUGGCCAUGGACCGAGCCUGCCCAGAAAGCGCUUCUCUCCUUGGUCACCCUCGGGUGCUGGCUGACUCCUUCCCUGACAACUCCCCUUAUGAGGGUUACAGCUAUGGCUCCUUCGAGAAUUGUUCCGGAUCCACUGACGGUUUGGUUGACAGCACAGGCACUGGGGAGCUCUCCUACAAUUACCAGGGGCACGACCAGUUCAAGCGGCGCCUCCCCUCUGGCCAGAUGCGGCAGCUGUGCAUUGCCAUGGAUCGCACAUUUGACCCAGUGAAUUCUCGGCCACGACUGGACUCCAUGAGCUCGGUGGAAGAAGACGACUAUGACACGUUGGCCGACAUCGAUUCAGACAAGAAUGUCAUUCGCACCAAGCAAUACCUGUACGUGGCUGACCUGGCCCGGAAGGACAAACGGGUUCUGCGAAAGAAGUACCAGAUCUACUUUUGGAACAUCGCCACCAUCGCUGUCUUCUAUGCCCUGCCUGUGGUGCAGCUGGUCAUCACCUACCAGACGGUGGUGAAUGUUACCGGAAAUCAGGACAUCUGCUACUACAACUUCCUCUGCGCUCAUCCGCUGGGCAACCUCAGCGCCUUCAACAACAUCCUCAGCAACCUGGGCUACAUCCUGCUGGGGCUGCUCUUUCUGCUCAUCAUCCUGCAGCGGGAGAUCAACCACAACCGGGCCCUGCUGCGCAAUGAUCUCUACGCCCUGGAAUGUGGCAUCCCAAAACACUUUGGCCUGUUCUAUGCCAUGGGCACGGCCCUGAUGAUGGAAGGGCUGCUCAGCGCCUGCUAUCAUGUCUGCCCCAACUAUACCAAUUUCCAGUUUGACACCUCGUUCAUGUAUAUGAUUGCUGGGCUCUGCAUGCUGAAGCUCUACCAGAAGCGGCACCCGGAUAUCAACGCCAGCGCCUAUAGCGCCUACGCCUGCUUGGCCAUCGUCAUCUUCUUCUCGGUGCUAGGCGUGGUCUUUGGCAAAGGGAACACAGUGUUCUGGAUCGUCUUCUCCAUCAUUCACAUCAUUGCCACUCUGCUCCUCAGCACGCAGCUCUACUAUAUGGGCCGCUGGAAGCUGGACUCGGGCAUCUUCCGCCGCAUCCUCCACGUGCUCUACACAGAUUGCAUCCGGCAGUGCAGCGGGCCCCUCUACGUGGACCGCAUGGUGCUGCUGGUUAUGGGCAACAUUAUCAACUGGUCGCUGGCUGCCUAUGGGCUCAUCAUGCGCCCCAAUGAUUUCGCCUCCUACUUGUUGGCCAUUGGCAUCUGCAACCUGCUUCUCUACUUUGCCUUCUACAUUAUCAUGAAGCUCCGCAGCGGGGAGAGGAUCAAGCUGAUCCCCCUGCUCUGCAUCGUCUGCACCUCCGUGGUCUGGGGCUUUGCACUCUUCUUCUUCUUCCAGGGGCUCAGCACCUGGCAGCAGGCAGCUCUACCCCCAUCCCCUAGAAAACCCCUGCAGAGUCACGGGAGCACAAUCGGGACUGCAUCCUCCUCGACUUCUUCGACGACCAUGACAUCUGGCACUUCCUCUCUUCCAUUGCCAUGUUUGGGUCCUUUCUGGUGUUGCUGACACUGGACGACGACCUGGACACUGUGCAGCGAGACAAGAUCUACGUCUUCUAGCGAGAGCUGGGCCCCUUGCUUCACAUCACGGGCCCCUGAGCCCCUCUGCCUCACCUGCUCCAGUGCCUCUGCAGAGCUGGGGGCGUGCGUCACAGCCCUGCUGCCCAGUGCCAGAAGGGGCAGGACAGCGAGGUCUACCCAGGCCUGGCCUGGACAGUCAUGGGGUGGCCUUGAGCCUUGCAGCUGCCCUCUGCCGGAGAGGAGGCCUGCUCCCCUGAAACCGCAGACAUUGGCCAAACUGCUGCUUUCCUCUCAGUGUUGGAGCCUUCCACAGGUCCCUGUCUGUUGUUGGCUCUCCAUUUGUCCCUCUGCAGGAGGAAGGAGGGAAGGUGUUGCCCUCCCCAUUUCAUGCCUUUGCUGCUGCCCGUCCUUCCCCUCACCUUCAGCCUGGGACCUUAAGCCCUAGUUUGGGGCCCCGGUUCCCUUUGGGGCUGUACCUGGCUGCCAUCACUGCCCACUCAGGUCAGCCACGAUGGAAGGUAGUGUGAGAUUUGGAGGGCUGGCCAGCUGGUGCCAGGCUUUUGGUGCUAAGGCCUUCAAGGAGCCCCAGGCAGUGCCGCCUCUGCUCUCUGAUCUGCACUCAAGAUUUGGCUCUUUAGGAGUGAGGGGAACUGCUUUCUGAUCGGAGGGGCUGAGAGGUCACCUCCCCAUCCCGUCAGGCCCCCAGACUGAUGCUGGCACCAGGAUUAGAGGGAAAAGCAACUCGUCCUUUCCCUUCUUUCCAAGCCCUUAGUCCUGCCAAGCCCCAGCAGGGGGCCUCUCUGUGCCAUCGACACUGCCCAUGAAUGUCCGGGGGCACAGGAGGGAGGAUACAAAGAGCCCAGCCCAUCUUGCCCUGUCCCCAGCCAUGUGUGCCCCAGUGCCUACCUUAGAAAGGGGGAAAAGGAAGGGAUGUGAUUAUUCCCCUCUGUCCCCAGUCCUAGCCUACUCUCAGACCCAGCACUGGCUUCUGAGUUUCUGUCCAGUCUUCAGCCAGGUUCUGUGUUAGUCACACGCAUCCAUCCAUCCAUAUGAAACCUUGGAGUUUACACCAAGUUGCCCCAAGCUCUGGGGUCCCCCGGCUGCUUGGUCCUUGGUUCCCCUUCACCCCAACAGGUCCAUUCCUGAUGCCAAGAAUGGGGGAGGUGCAAGUUGGACUUCUGCCUUUGGGAUGAGAAUGUGUUUUAUUCACCCAAAUGUGUUUUUAUAGCUCUCCCUUGGGCUGGGGAGAGGAGGUGGGACUGAAUCUUUUUUUCAGAACUCUUACGUGUUUCCGUGCUACGGUUGCAUUUCUGUUUUCUAUGAAUGAGUCUGCACUUAAUUAAAGAAACAGCCAGACACAGUU